UUAUAUUCAUACACACAAUAAGAAAACUCAACAGUUGUGGUUGGUUUUAGUUAGUGUUAGUAUCGAUGAUGAUUUCUAUGGAAAAACUGAUCUUACUCAACGUGAAUCUACGGGAUGUGCGAAAUGUUAAGCUUUUUAAAAUUUCUUAUCACCUGUUAAGAUUUACGGUUAUCUAUACCGCAGGAAAUGAGUGGGGCAUCCAUAUAAAAGCAGCGAACUGCAAAAGUAUGACCACCACAGUUAUGAGAGGUGUUUGUUAUACACCAUGAUUUUUAAAAGUUUUUUAUUGAUUUUUGUAAUAUUUUCCGUUUGUUUGAUCACAUCCGGUUAUGUUGCACAUACAAGGCAAGGUACUAUACGAGGUGCGAAGAAAGUAACUUCAGAUGGUCAUAUGUACACAUAUUUGGGAAUACCUUUUGCGAGACCACCUUUAGGACGCCUCAGAUUCCAGCCACCUCAACCAGUAGUAAAAUGGAAAGACACCAGAGAUACAAUCACUCAAAAACCACAAUGUGUGCAGUCAAGGAGCACUUAUGUUCGAACAGAUAAGAUUGAAGGAUCCGAAGAUUGUCUAUAUUUAAAUGUUUACACACCAAUGGAUCCGAGCAAAAGAACUGACCAAGUUUAUCCAGUUAUGGUUUGGAUACACGGUGGUGGAUUUUUUGAAGGCGAUAAUGGUUAUGAUUUAUAUCCACCAGAGAAUUUCGUAGCACAAAAUAUUAUAGUAGUUACAGUUUCAUAUCGAUUAGGAAUAUUCGGUUUUAUUAGUACGGGCGAUUUAAUCGCACCAGGAAAUAACGGAUUAAGAGAUCAAAUUAUGGCGUUAAAAUGGGUAAACGAAAAUAUUGAAAGUUUCGGUGGUGAUAAAAAUUCCAUAACAAUUUGGGGUGAAAGUUCAGGAGGAAUAUCGGUAUCCCAUUUACUAUCUUCGCCAUUAACCAAAGGAUUGUUUCAUAAAGCGAUUACUGAAAGUGGCGCUUCUAUUUCUGCAGUGGGUGUAGGAAUUGACCAACCUCUCUUAGCUUUUGCAACCGGAUCAUUAUUAAAUAUAAAUGCUACUAACAGCGAAGAAUUAAUUACACAACUUCAAAAGGUCAAUUUUAAAGAAUUACAAGCAGCUGCUUCACGAGCUGGAAUUGCUAUAACCGUUGAGCAACCUUUAAUAAGAUAUCCUUUUACGGUAGUUAUUGAACCAGAACAUGAAAACGCUGUUCUUUCAAAGUCGCCGUAUGCAAUUUUGGAAAAUGGAGAAGUUCCUAAAGUUCCGAUUUUAAUGGGUUUCAACUCAAAUGAAGGUGAUGGUCUUCCGGAUGCAUUUGCUAGAAUGGCCUUAACAGCGUCUAAUUUAGCCCCAGCUACUUUAGUUCCAGUUGGAUUGAAUUUGAAUACGCCAAAUGAUACUAAUACAGCCAAUUUAGUUGGAGCACUUAUUAAAGAGCAUUACUUUCCCCGUGACACAACAAAUUUUGCAGAACCACACUUUGUUCAUUGGUAUGGAGAUACGCACAUGAUACGUCCAAUAAUACAGCAAGGAUUAUUACUUUCAAAGUUCACCGAUGUGUAUUUCUUCGAAUUUAAUUGUAUAGGAUAUUUGGGAAAUCCUCUAAGAUCUAAUUGGAAUGGCGUCGGACAUGCUGAAGAACUCAAUUAUUUAUUUAAGAGACUAACACAACCAACUGUUUUAUCUGCGGAGGAUAAGCUUUGCAGUGAAAGAGUAGUAAAAUUAUGGGGAAAUUUUGUCAAAUAUAGUAAUCCAACUCCUGAAAAUGAUCCUUUAUUACAAGAAAUUAUUUGGCCAAAAACAGCCCCGACACCCAAUAUGUGCUACUUACAUGUGGACAAAAACUUAUCAAUCAGGGUUAAUCCAGAUAAAGAAGAUUUUCAAUUUUGGACCAAUAUCUUUGAGACAUACGGAAAGAGACCAUUGACGACCUUUUAACUGUAUUAUAUCUAUUGUAUUAUAAGAUGUACCUGAUAUUACAGAUAAUUUAUUAUUUUAAAUAUUCUACUUCUGAUCUAGAAAGUUAUAACUAGAUGUAGUGCAAGAACUUUUUAUUUUUGGGAUUAAGAAGGAUAAGAAGUUUUUUCGUUUUCAAAACUACCUCAAAACUCGAUUCUUAAUACUAUGAAUAAAAUGUGCUACAACAAAAGUUAAAUAAUUAUUAAUAUGCAUUUUCUAAUUUAUAAU